CGCGAAUUCGGAACGAUCAUCGAAACGGUUCGAGAGACUUUGAGAUCUGCGACAACAUGUGGCGGCUUGCGAUUGCAAAGCAGCGACCCGUGACAAUUGGGGUCGUUGGUGCAGGGCUCGCAGGUCUCCGUUGCGCCGACGUCCUCACGCGAUGCGGCUUUCAAGUCACGAUCCUCGAGGCUCGAAAUCGGUUGGGCGGUAGAGUCGCCCAGAGUGACCAGCUCGGUCAUGUCGUAGAUCUUGGGCCGAAUUGGAUACACGGAGCAGAUGACAACCCCAUCAUGGAGCUCGCGCGGGACACGAAUACGUAUCUACACGCUGUUGACAACACAGAAGCCAUCGUUGGCCCUCAGGGAACGCUCUUGCCGGACGAAGAAUCUCGCAAAUACAAUGAGUUAAUGUGGAGUGACGGAGUUAUCGCCGACGCAUUCCGGCUGUCCAAUGAGCACUUCAGCAGCAUCGAUCCCCAGAAGAGCCUAUACGAUUUCUUUGUGGAGAAGUCCGAGACCAUGUUUCUUAAUGAUUCGGCGGAAGAAGCAAAUCGGAAACGAAAGACGUUCCUUUCCCUAUCGCGUAUUUGGUCGACCUACGUCGGUAGUCCCAUCACGAGACAGUCGUUGAAGUUCUUCUGGUUGGAAGAGUGCAUUGAGGGCGAGAAUCCGUUCGUUGCAGGUUCAUAUCGCAAAAUCCUUGACGCUGUCGCCCGCACUGCUAAAGAACAAGCUAAGAUCCUGCUUGAGACCGAAGUAAAGCAGUUCCGUGGUCGACGCAGUAUUUCAGGCACCGGCGAUGAGUUACAAGGACCAACUCUCGUCACAGUGAGUGGUGACGUGUAUAGCUUUGACGAAGUCGUCGUUACAACGCCUCUGGGGUGGCUCAAGGAUCAUAAAAAGGCUUUUCAGCCCGAACUCCCUCAGAGGCUGUCUGACGCCAUUGAUCACAUUUCCUACGGCCAUCUAGACAAGGUCUACAUCACUUUCCCUCGCGCAUUUUGGCUAGGCCAAAUGCCGGGGACUGGUGCCGCUCCGGGGUUUGUUCACUUUCUGGAACCAGCAUACGCGGAAUCGCAGCAAUGGUACCAAUCGUGCGUCGACUAUGCAAAUAUGGGGGAUUAUGCGCAUCCUACAUUGCUGUUCUACAUCGAUGGACCUCAAAGCAAGUACAUCGCGAGCAUCGUGCGAGACACAACCGACCCGCAAGCUCGAGACAAGAGACUACUUGAGCAUUUCUAUCCUUUCUACACCAGAUUACCACAUUACGCAAGCUCCGAUCCUGCAUGCGUACCUAGGGCUGUCCUCGCGACAGCCUGGGCGAACGACAAGCUUGCCGGAUACGGCUCCUACUCAAAUUUCCAGGUCGGAUUAGAGAAGGGUGAUGAGGAUAUUGAAGUCAUGAGACAUGGAAUGCCCGAACGAAGCAUCUGGCUAGCGGGCGAACACACCGCUGCUUUCAUAGCGUUGGGGACGACGACCGGGGCUUAUUGGAGCGGACAACGAGUUGCUGAGAGAAUCGCAGAAGCUUAUGGGUUGGGAGCUGCGACUUCAGGACCUAAGCAGACUGAGCUGAAAACGUCUGAGGCUUCUUAG